UCCUAAGUAUCUUGUGCGUCAGUAGGAAAUAUGACGUGAUGUGAAUUCUUCUGACAUUUUCUUUUGCCGCAAUAAAAAACUCGCGGCAAAGUGCUUAAUGGCCCGUGCCUCAUCAAAACAACUCGAGAUCAUGAGCGGUCGAUAUGAUCACCAAUGAAAAGUGACAGUUUUUCAGCCGAAAGUGCAAUUCGGAAAGUAAGGUUUCAACAACCUGACGAUCUUGUUGACUUCGCAGCUUCUUACUUCAGCAAAUUGAACACGUCUCGAAAACCCAUUCAUUCAAGUUCUACACCAUCAACACAAGAAGAGGACGAUUUCUACUGCAGUGAAAGUCUGUCGCUACCAUCUGAUCGCUUCAAACGACCCUCAUAUCAACAGAACCACCGACUUUACCUCCGUAGAGACUCGGUUGCUGGUGAGGUCUACGAACCUGUCAACUCAAACUGUGUCUCAGCGCAGCGAUUCUAUCCUAAAUCUGAAGACGCGCGCAAAAGACUAGAAAAUGUCAUAGGAAAUAUCUUCAUUUUCAAGUCUUGCGGAAAAGAUCAGAUAAAUAUGAUGUUGGACGCGAUGUACGAGCGAGUUGUCUAUCAAGAGGAGACAAUUAUCCGGCAGGGGGACGCGGGGGAUAAUUUCUACAUCAUCGAUGAAGGCGAAUUCGAGGUUUUGUUUGAGACCAAUGGUGCGCAAGAAAAAUUAGGAAGGCUGAAAGGUCCAGGGAGUUUUGGGGAGUUGGCUCUGAUGUACAACUGUCCACGUUCUGCGACUAUCAGAGCGUGCACACCAGGGGUAUUAUGGGUAUUGGAUCGUAAGAGCUUUAGACGUAUUUUGGUGGAUACUACAGAGCGUAAGCGACGACAUUAUGAGACUUUACUUGAACGCAUUCCAGUCCUGUCGCAGCUAACGGCCUACGAGCGCACAAGUUUAGCGGACGCGUUGACAACAAGUGUAUACCGGGAUGAAGAGUGCAUCAUUCGCCAAGAUGACCCAGCCGACUGUCUUUACUUUAUUGAAUCCGGGAUAGUUGAAAUAUCGAUCCGGGACUCUAAAGACCGCAGUAAAGUCAAGGUGAUAUCCACAGCAGGGCCUGGGGAGUACUUUGGUGAGCUCGCACUGGUCAAUAAAACAAAGCGGGGGGCCUCGGUUCACGCUAAGGGCGGACAAGUCACGUGUGCCGUGCUGGAGGUGAACGCGUUCGAGAGACUAUUGGGGCCGUGCAAGGGCCUAAUGCAGAGGAACAUGAAAACAUAUGAAGAGGAGAGAAAGUGUCUGGGGAUACGGGAAAUGCCCCCGAAACCAGGAAAUUGAUGCGGGUUAAAAGCGAAGGCACAUGUUUUAUGAAUAGUGAAUAAAGGGUGCAAGAAGAAAAGAGUUGAGGUGAUAAAAUCUGCGUUUGAUGCGAACCUAGAAUUUAAGGAACUUGUAAGGCUAGAAUUAUGAAGGUUGUGUAUGAAAACAUAGGCAUAAAGAUAUGCAGAAUAAACAUCUUCAAAGGAGGUA